CAACAUGGCGGCCGCUGCACGAAGAUUACGGCGUUAGCGGAUAAUUAUGCUUUAGUUCUAGAAAAACGUUUAACGUUUGUCUAUUUUGUGUUUAAAGUUAGUGUAGUGUAAUGUAUUAGCUUUGGUUUACCGACCAAAAAAGAAUUGUGGCGUCUAACACUGAAAGUGUGAUGUUAUUGGACAUUAAAGAUGUCGGCAAUGUGGAAGCUAGAAAAGGACUUGUGCCGAUGUUGUCACGCGGAGGGAUCCUUUAAACAUCUAUCGGAUCCCUGCUUCCUUUUGGGGCAGGAGGAAAUCUACUCCAUCAUGUUGCAAGAUUGUCUAGAUAUCAAGAUUGUCCCCAUGACGGGGCCUCUUUGCGACGCCACAUACACAAUAUGCGAGUCAUGCGUGGCGCGGCUCCGAGACGCCUCCAACUUCAAGCGCCAGGUGCAGGACUGCGAGGAGCGCUUCAAGGAAAUGUACAGCAAGAACAUGAUUAAAGGGUUUGAAGUGAAAGACGAGCCGUUUGAGUCUGAUGCUGAUAUGAAGCAAGAAUUCCAAAGCAUUGAAGAGGACGAAGAUGAUGAUGAUGCCUUCAUGAAGUUUGAUGAUGACGACGCUUCAUCGUACGAAGAGCACGAAGAGCGUGAAGAGAUGAUCACCGUUGAAGUCGAGGCCGAGCCGCGAGCCAAGGGCAAGGGUAAGGGCAAGGCGAAGCCCAAACCCAAGCCAAAGAAGGCCCCCGCCAAGAAAACCAAGACCAAGGAGAAAUCUAUCAAGGAGGAGACGGAGGAUCUGACGGAGGCGGCGGUGAGCGGAGAGAAGAAAAAAGGGAAGAUCGUAAGAAGUGAAUACUUAAAGUUCUGCACCAUAACGGAAGAAGACGAAGAACAGACAUUCACGUGCAACACCUGUGGCGGGCCGUACAAGAAAUGGAGCUCCUUCUUACAACACUACCAACACAUACAUCUCAAGCUAAGAAAGAAAACAUUCCCUUGUGUCAUCUGCAAAGAACAGCUUAUACCUUGGCACAGAGCGAAGCAUAUGGAAGAGAUGCAUGGCUGGAAAGCCCCAACCUGCGGAGCGUGUGGCAGAAAAUUCGCUUACCCACACGAAUUGGUAACACAUCAAAAGGCUUACCAUAUGGGUGAAAAAAAUUACAAAUGCGACAAGUGUGACAUGUCCUUCGCUAGAUUGGAAAGCUUGAAACGCCAUUAUCUUAGACAUUCUAAUGUUAGAGAUUUUAAAUGUGAGUUCUGCCCGAAAGCUUUCAAGUGCGCAAAGUAUUUGCAGGUUCAUAUGAAGAUACAUUUGAAUGACAAGAGAUACGUUUGUAAAGUUUGUGAAGAGGCGUUCGUUCAGUCGGGCAACUUGAAAUAUCAUAUGAAUAAAAGACAUCCUAAUGUUCCUCUGUAGGAUCUAUGUCCUAUUAACUGACGGAUUCUAUUAUUCGAUAACGACCUAUUAGGUCUUAAAGUCCUAAUAUACAUAUACCUAUAUAUAGAUACGUCUAUUUCUAGAAUAAUAUAGUAUUUCUGUUACAAUUUGUUUUUCUCUUAGGGUCAGUUGCAACAAACAAUCUGUCACCGUUAAAAGGUUUCCCCUAAAUUUUGUAGUAUGAGAAGUUUCAUAGUUCAUGGCUGAUUAACGUUGAGUGUGGUUGGUGCAACCGGACCUUAUUUCUCUUAAGGUUUUAGGUUAAGGUAUUGAUGUGCCGCCGGAACGUUUCUAAAAUUGCGAAAUGUCCACUUGGAGAAAUAUUAGUAUCCAGUGAAUAUAUUUAUAUAGAAACCGAAAUUUUCAAUAUCCUACAUGAAAGUUUUCAUUGUUACCUGUAAAAUUUUCCUGAAAUAUCCGAGAACUUUUCGGAAAUUCUCCGAAACUUGCACAUCUUUAGGUUAAAAUUUACAAUUUAAGAAACCUAACCUAGUUAUAACAGUUAUCAUUACAUUUAAGAGAAAAGGCACCCCUUACCCUUCCUCCUUUUCCCUUGGAUUCGAGUAUAUCCAGAGAGGAAAACUGGGACUACGUUUAUAUGAAAAAACGGUCGUCUUUUAUGUAAUACAGUAAAAUUAUACAUUUUGCGUUUGCGUCAAAUCCGGUAGUUCUGAUUUUUUGCAGGCUUGUUUAUGAUGUUGGCCCAAUGAAUAAUCCAAGUUUGUGACCUCGAGCGCCGAACGCAACUUUGUCAAAAAUUGAAUAAACCGCAAUUUUUUUUAGAUUUGGGCGAUUAUAACCCUAAAGUACUAGUUUUUGAUAGUAACUUCCCAGGGUGCUUUUAAAGUAGAUUAAAUUUGCUACAAUAAGACACUAGAAUUGUCUCUGUACAUCUAAUAUUUUCCGAAAUAAAGCCUUUCAAAAUUUUAUAAUUUUACAUCAGUUCUUAGCUAUAAUAUAAGGGUUAGGUAGGUAAUUUAUAUGGAAUUCAUCACCGGCGCGUUCUACAAAAUAUUUAUUUUCCAUAAAAAAAUGUAUGAGUGCCUAUUUUGAAAAAAUAUUAAAAAAUAUAAAAAUUUAAAUAUAAAAUUUUGAUAGGCUUUAUCUCGGAAAAUAUUAGAUGUACAGAGACAAUUCUAGUGUCUUAUUGUAGCAAAUUUAGUCUACUUUAAAAACGCCCUAGGAAGUUACUACCAAAAACUAGUACUUUAGGGUUAUAAUCGCCCAAAUCUAAAAAAAAUUGCGGUUUAUUCGAUUUUUGACAAAGUUGCGUUCGGCGCUCGAAGUCACAAACUUGGAUUAUUCAUUGGGCUAACAUCAUAAACAAGUCUGCAUAAAAUCAGAACUACCGGAUUUGACGCAAAAGAGCCAGGUUACAAAAUUCGACAAAUUUACUGGAUUAAUGGUCCUAAGUUACUUUUAGUUUGAUUCUAUGAGUAGGAAUAGAAAUUUAAUGUUAAUUCUCAAUUUCAACAUGAAUACAUACAUUAGUGAAUUGA